AUGAGCUCUCGACCGCCGUCGUAUCGAGCAGUCGAUGGCGACGAGAGCCUCUCUAGCGGCGAGGGGGACACCAGUCGCACACGUUCGCUUCAACGCGAUGCUCUCGCUAUCCAGCAAGCGCUCAAUCACCCGCCCGACUCCCUUCCAGCCUGGACGAGUGUCUUCCUUAGUAGUCUCCCCGUGCUCGCAACUCUGGCGUGGGCGGGCACCCUUUUAGCGCUCCUCCUCACCUGGAUUUUCGUCGACCAUCGAGCAGCGUACGAUUCGACACAAGGACUUGUCCCGUACUUCUCAGCUAUCGCAGCCUGCCAUCAGAACAUCCUCGUCCCCGGCUCAAUCGCGACCGCCAUAUUCUACUUCCUCUCCCUCCUCGCCGAGCGCUUCCUCCGUACGAUGCGGGUGACGAUGGAAGCAAAGGAGGAGAAGUUGCUAUGGGCGGCCAUCUCGGGGCUGGACGUGACGGUCGGUGGACUUGCGGCAUUCGCGCUCGUUCUGCUCGCCGCUUUCGAUCCGCAGAACAGCGCCGUUCCGCACAACGCCUUCUCCAUCAUGUUCAUCGUCUGCGUGACCUUGAGCGGGAUCCUUCAAACGGUCGAAGUCGAGCACCUCUGGCACGAGCACCCCGACCGACACGACUUGCGCGAUGGCACGAUUCUCAAGUGGAUCAUCCUCUCACUCUCCUCCGCCGCAGGCCUCUCGUUCGUCUUCCUCGAUAUCGCCUGCAGCGACGACGCUCGACACGAACCUUGGCCAAAGUGUUACCGCAUUAUUACCGCUUCUGCAAUCUGUCAAUGGGUCGCUUGCUUUGGCGUCGCCUUCUACUUCGCCACCCUGAUCCUCGACCUUCACCCCCUCCACCGGCACUCCCUGCGCGCCACGCCCGUCGCCUGGGCCGACCAAAACGGCAUCCGCGGCCUCUACCUCCCCUCGACAAACGAGCCCGUCGCGAUUGAGAAAGGCUGGAGCGUGAGAAGGUGUCCUGUGAGGGGGACGAGGGUUGUGCCGCUUUCUGUGCUGGCGGAGGGGUGGAGGGAACAUGCGUUGGAGAAGAAGCGCGCGAGGAGGGAGAAGAGGCGGUAG